AUGGUCGAAUGUAACAUUUUGAAUGUGGACUUGAAAACAUUUCUCGGUUUCAAAGUUAAUGAUCGUCAUUUAGCAGAAAACAGUUUAGAAUUCAAUUUGAAGGCCCCACCUACUAGUGCCCUUUGGUGCGACCGUCAACUGGCCCAGAAUUUGUUGUGUUGCUAUUUGUGGGGUUCGCCUUACAUUAUUCACAACCCCAAGGCGAAACCAGCAAAAUUUAAUGAAGAAAAUAAAGAGAAAAGAACGAUAGAAUCCUUCAUCGGCAGGCGAGAAAAAUGA